UUUUGUUUCAUAGUAAAGUCCUUCCCAGUGCAGAGAACUUCCUGGCUGGUGUGAGGAGCAGCCGCAACCACAGAGGUGGUGGAGAGAUGGCCCUCAUCUGCGAACAGCUUUCUGUCGUGAACCCAGUCGUCCCCUUUUCUAGGCUCACACAAAGGGGGGUCCGGUACACCCUCAAGGAUGGACAUCAGGUCAAUGUCAAAGGAAUGUUUCUUCAGUCCUAUGGAAGCAGGUUUGCUGUGAACUUUCAGACGGGCUCCAGUGACUCUGAGAUUGCCUUCCACUUCAACCCUCGGUUUGAAGAGGGUGGGUAUGUGGUCUGUAACACCAAGCAGAAAGGACAGUGGGGGCUGGAGGAGAGGAAGAUGGAAAAUCCCUUCCAGAUGGGAAUUCCUUUUGAGAUCAACUUCCUGGUGGAGAGCUCUGAAUUCAAGGUGAAGGUGAAUGGAAACUUCUUUAUGAACUACAUACACCGUGUGUCCCUCUACCGCGUGGACACCAUCUCCUUCACCGGUGGUGUGGAGGUGACACAGAUCAGCAUCGAGGACACCCGAGUAGACUCUGACCAGAGGAUGAUCCCUGAGAUGCAAUCCAACCCCAAUCCCUAUGGCUCAGAUGAUUCCAAAGAACAGAAACCAAAAGACCCUAGUGAUGUCCCUGUGGUGCAAAAGGGUCAGACUACUUGUGACCUACUGGAGCCCAAGGAGCAGAAAGCAAAACCUGUACCAGUCCUUCCCCGACUCCAGGAACGUGACCGUGAUUGACACCUGCUGGUCUCCACCACCUGCCAGCACCUUUUCCAACUGGACGCCCCCCUUUCCCAGUGCCCUUCAAAUAAAGAGAAAAGAAAACUCGGUGCUGGCACAUA